AUGGCCUUUAGGAGAGCUCUCUAUUUGACAUUGGCAUUCGUGGCUUUAGCCAGGUCUACAUCAUUAAUGGAUGAGGCUGAAGAAGUCAGGAUUGUGAAUAUUACAGAACCGAUUAUUCAUUUCACUACUACUGUUGCUGGCACAAAUCAAGAUGUCACAAUUGAUAAUAACGAUUAUAAUCAAUUGAGCAACGUCGAUCCAGCAGAUUCUCAUUUGAAUUCUGACGAGGGUAUUCAAGCAUUGGGAAAACAGUAUGCUGGUGUGGGUGCUGGUGUCAGUACUGGUGUCAGUACUGAGUUUACUACAGACGAGCUUCAAUCGUGUACUGGAGAGAAUGAUUACUGUAAAGAUUCGAACCAAUAUGCAAGAAAAGAAAACCAAAGAGUAGAGAUUGAUGAAGAUCUAUAUGAAAGAUUGGUUUACUUUAGCAAAGCAUGCUGUAUGACUAAUUGUAUCUCUGACGGAUUAUUAUUUCAAAAUAAGACUUUACGUGAAGGUGGAUGUCCACAACAUUUGAAAUUCUGUUCUGCAGAAGAAGACAACCCUACUGUAAACAAUACCCAUGUUGAAAUGGUGUUGAGUGCCGAUAGAGGUGAAAUGGGGACAGGUUAUGUCAUCGUAGAUCAUCCUAAAAAUGUAAUUAUCAUUGCUUUCAGAGGUUCUUCUACGAGACAAGAUUGGUUUAACGAUUUCCAAAUAUUCCCAACAAAUUAUGCUCCUGGGUCCCUAGCUGAAUACAACAACCUUGUUGAAAGCGGUAAAAUAGAUGCUUGUGAGGAUUGUAAAAUUCACAGAGGUUUUUACAGAUUUAGAGAAACUUUAGGAAGACAGUUCUUACAUAAAGUUGAUUCGAUUUUUGAAACAUAUCCAACUUAUAAUAUAGUAGUAGUAGGGCAUUCUUUGGGUGCAGCGAUGGCAAGCAUUGCUGCAAUUGAAUUGAAACUAAGAGGAUAUGAACCAACAGUUUUCACUUAUGCCAUGCCAAGAAUCUUCAAUGGUAGUCUAAAGGCAUGGAUAGACAAAUUGUUCCAUACUGAAAGGAUACAUGAAGAAUCGAUAAAAGCAGGUAAACUGAUGUACCGUGGUGGUUAUUUUAGAAUUAUCCAUAAUCAAGAUUAUAUUCCAAUGGUUCCACCAUUUUAUGAUUCAGCUGGUUUGGAAAUAUUUAUUAAAAAAAUUGAAUUGCCUCAUUUAAUUGAAGAUUUGGAAUAUAGAGGAAAGAGUACAUCGGCUUUCGAUUAUUCUGGUUUUGAACCUAAUACCUUUGAAUAUGUUCAAGAUUGGCUACACAUGUAUGAACAUCGUGCUUAUUUCAUCUUGAUUAAAGAUUGUUCAGGUUUCUGA